AUCGAAUAUUUCUUCUCCUUUCCCUGUACGUUAAGUCGCCUGCUGGAGCCCAGCUGUCGUCGUUGUCUGAUUUGUUUUUCGAACAUUUGGCGGGGAUCGCCUUGGUGGUUGUGUCUGCAGCCCAAUUGCGCACAAUGGGUUGGAUUUUCUUGGAUUUUUCGGGGAGUUCUGGAGGUCCAGUUUGAGUUAAUUGGGGAAAUAUUGGAAUCAGAGGAAGAACCUGCUGAUGCCAGGACAAUUUUUUUGAACUGCAGUCAAGAUGAACACUUCUUUAUGAUUCAUAUACAGUACAGUGCAUCCCUAAAGGCAGAAGCAGGAUCCAUGCAUGGAUGUUGAAGAUUAUUUGAACAGAUGGCCUCAAAGUUGAGAACCCUCCUACUAUUUUUGCUUAUAUUUGUUUUGCUUCAUGGUUCUACUACCAUUGCGAAGUCUGGGAAGGAAAUCAUUCGGAGGUCUCGGACAGCCCCAAAUAGGAACUUAGAAAGUGCACUUAUAGACGGGACUGGUGCAGAGGCUAGAUUUGAGAGCUCCAAAAGUAGUUUUCCAGGAUUUGGUGAGAAGAAGGUUGUUAAUAGCAGAGUUUCAGUGUCUGCAGUUGCAUGGCUUACUCUUGCCAUGGCUGCAGCAACAGCCUUGGGUGCAGUUCCAUUCUUCUUUGUGGAGUUAGAGCCACAAUGGGCAGGGAUAUGCAGUGGUUUGGCUGCUGGAGUGAUGUUGGCUGCAAGCUUUGACCUAGUGCAGGAAGGACAGAUCUAUGGCAACGGAAACUGGGUUGUUAUUGGGAUUUUGAGUGGAGCAAUUUUUAUUUGGCUUUGUAAGAAGUUUCUUGAACAACAUGGGGAAGUAAGCAUGUUGGACAUAAAAGGUGCUGAUGCAAGUAAAGUUAUACUUGUUGUUGGAAUAAUGACUCUUCAUUCUUUUGGGGAGGGUUCGGGUGUUGGGGUAUCCUUUGCUGGCUCAAAAGGGCUUUCUCAAGGUCUUCUAGUGACUCUAGCAAUAGCUGUGCACAACAUACCUGAAGGCUUAGCUGUAAGCAUGGUUCUAGCAUCUCGAGGGGUCUCUCCUCAGAAUGCGAUGUUGUGGAGUUUCAUUACAUCAUUGCCCCAGCCCAUUGUAGCUGUGCCUUCGUACCUCUGUGCUGAUGCAUUCCACAAGGUAUUGCCUUUUUGUACGGGCUUUGCUGCUGGAUGCAUGAUCUGGAUGGUGAUUGCAGAGGUUCUUCCCGAUGCUUUUAAGGAAGCAACUCCUUCUCAAGUUGCUUCUGCAGGCACACUUGCUGUAGCAUUCAUGGAAACCUUAAGCACAGUCCUCCAAAGUUUUAGCCAUGGCUACAACUCAGAGGAUGCCUCUGGCUUUUUAGUUUCUCUGCUAUUUGGUCUUGGGCCAUUGCUUGGCGGAAUGAUACUCGUUGUUUUUUCUCUUGCCUUCUAUCUACAACAUCCUCUUCUCACUGGUGUGUUCUCCGGCAUUGCAUUUUUUCUUGCUGCAUGGAGGCCUGUACAGCUUCUUUUGUCUUCGAAGAUGGAAUUCUUUACCCAGACAUUGUUGCUUAUUGCUGGCUCAGCUUUAUAUAUCAUGUCCACAGCUAGCAUCUUAAGAUUGGCUCGUCGCAAGGUGUCUGUCAAUGACCUUGCAUCUUCUUCUGGUCUUUCUGUGAGUGCCCUCACUCUUCAAUCAUUCUUGGCAUGUGGGGCCAUCUCCCUUCAUGCCCUGGCAGAGGGGCUUGCUCUAGGUGUGGCAGCCCCAAAGGCUUAUGGGCUUGGCAGGCACAUGGUUCUACCAGUUUCACUACAUGGGCUGCCACGAGGUGCUGCUGUUGCAAGCUGCAUCUUCGGCGCCACCGGCAGCUGGCAGGGAGCCUUAGCAGCUGCUGCCUUGACUGGGUUGGCAGGCCCCAUCUCUGCCAUUGGAGCUAUACUUGCUGGCAUUGACUACAGUGGCCUUGAUUAUUGGAUGGUCCUUGCAUGUGGAACGUUGCUCCCGAGCUUUGGCGGUGCUUUUCAGCGAGCACUGAAGUUGGAUGCAAGGAAGAGCAUUUAUGGGCUGUUGAUGGGGCUUGGAUUUGCCUGUGUGUGUUUAACAUCCACCAGGUUAGUUUGCCUGCAUACACCUUACUGCAAUUCAGCACCAGAGGCUGUCACUUGAGUUGCAGACUGAAUUCUUAUUUGUUCUUGUACCAUGAGCGUGGCUGUGCACUGAUCUUUGUUAGCCACCUGAUUGCGUUGGAAAUCUAUCAGGCUGAAGGGUGAAACCCAGAUGCUUAGAGAGGCUGGAAAUAUAGGAAGAGCAAGUUAUCAUAAGUUGAUCAUGAAGGUAAAUAGAAUUGUCGUAGUAGUGGCCAUGAAUUUCUAUACAGGUAGUUUCUGAAAUGAAAAUUUAGGAUGGAUGUUGGUGGAGUGAAGCGUAUUCUUGGGCUUUCGAAAUGAUAGUGAUGGGACAGCGAACAUAAAACAAGUUUUUUCAAUCCUAUUAUCUUCAGUAAAUUUAAUUGAAUGUAAAGUGUGAAUCUCUUAUUUAGCAGAAAAUCACAUUUUGCUA